GAGUCUGACUGACCUUGCCAUUUGGUGGUGUGCAGAAGCUAAAACCACUAACCGUGAAGAGAAGAGGCAAAGGGAGGAGCGGUCUGCUUACUUCUUGAUAAGCAAGUAGCUUUUCAAGAUAACAAGACUCCAGAAACCAAUAUUGUUUAAACAGAAGAAGACUGAGCUAAGUAGGUUUAAGGAGGAAGGCAGGGGUAGGGGGAGCCGCGGCCGUCGGAGGUGAGAGGCAGCCACACUGAGCUGAUUUUUCCUCCUGAGGAGGAGUUGCAGUUGCCGGCCAGGGCAGGUCCCGGUGCUGGCAGGGCUGGCCCUACUGCUUCUCCACCUCCAUUCCUUUUCCCCCUCUCACUCCUCCUCCAUCUAACUAUCAACCAAAGCUGCUGAGCAGUGAUGGAAUUGCAAGCACAGCUCCUAAGCACUAAAGGAAUGCUUAGAAAAUCUUGAAAAUUUAACUUUUCUGCCUCUAGUAAGAGGAAACUUCACUGCUGGAAAGACUCUCGCCUUCUGUCUUCUCCGUUUCGUUGCACUCACUGGCUGAGUGCACGGAGAAAGAAAAGUUUUUUGUAAAUAUUUCUUUUCCUUUUUUUUUUGAUAACCGGAACAGUGGCAACGUUUUCAGUAGCACGGUGCAAGGACCAGCUCCACUCACCCAAGAUGAGCCGCUGGCUGAAAUGCACCUCCAUGCACUUUAACACAGACUGGAACAAGUACGAUGAUCGGUUGAUGAAGGCGGUGGAACGUGGCGAGGCGGACAAAGUCGCUGCGGUUCUCGGCAAGAAGGGCAUCAUUCCCACCAAGCUCGACGUGGAGGGACGCUCUGCGUUUCAUUUGGCAGCCACUCGGGGACAGCUUGAAUGUCUCAAUCUCAUGCUGGGACACAAUGUUGACAUCACUGCAAAAGAUGCCUCUGGUAAAAACGCUCUUCAUCUGGCCUCAAAGUACGGGAAUUCUCAGUGUGUGCAGAAACUCCUGCAGCACAACUGUCCUGUUGGAAACGUGGACCUACAAGGACGAACUGCUCUGCAUGAUGCUGUCAUGGCGGGCUGCACCUCCAGCGUGAAACUUCUUUGUGAUAAAAGGGCUUCUGUGAACACUGCUGAUUUUGAUGGCAAGACUCCUCUGAUACUGGCCACACAGAUGUGUCAUCCGCAAAUAUGUCAGCUGCUGCUGGAUCGAGGGGCUGAUAUCACUGUCAGAGACAAACUGAACAAGACCGCUCUGAUUCUGGGCUGCGAGUUUGGCUGCAAAGACGCCGUGGAGGUGUUAUUGAGGACUGGAAUCGAUGUGAAAGCAGUCGACAACAUGGGUCAUGAUGCUUUUCACUACGCUCGUCUCAGCAACAACCAAGAGCUCGUCGCACUGGUCAAAAGCCACCUUGAUAAGGCCACCAGAGAAAAAGAGGCGGCAAAGAUCGAACAGUGGAGGCGGCAGCUUUCAGUGGAGAGAUCGGAGGCAGCUGAGUCCAUCAGGAAGGAUCAGAUCAUAUAUGAUCUGGAAAGGCAGAAUGAGGCCCUUCAGGACGGCCUAAGGAAGUACCACCAGGAGCAGAUAGUCCUGGUAGAUAAGGUCAACCUGCUGCAACAACAGCUCACACAGGAAAAGAUGGCUGUGGAAGACUCUCAAAAAGAGAAGGAGCAGCUGAAGGCGUUUCUCGGUGCCAAAGACAAAGAGGAAGGAGGCCGCAGUCCAGAGACUGUCAGAGUUCAGCUGCGGAGUGCUUUGGGGGAGUACUCAGGCCAGUCUGUUAUCAAAGGAAAAGAAAAAGUUUUAGUCAAGCAAGCUUACAGUCUGGAUCUUAAUCACAUGCCACAGAACCCGCCUGUUUCCAGACAAGUCCAGAGGAGCCAAACUUCAGGAGGCCGGGAUCUCCCUGAAGCUGAAGUCCUUCGACGUGAACUGGAGACGGUUAGGAGAAAACUGCAGUCCACAGAAGAGGAGAAGGCCCAGCUUCAGUCUGCACUGAGCCAGAAGAACAGAGAGUGCCAGGAACUGUCCCAGAACAGAGACACCAUCCAGAAACAGGCUGACCUGCAGGUUCAGGAGCUGGAGGACGCUUUGGGAGACGUCCAGAAGAGGAUGCUGGACUCUGAGUGUAAAGUCAAACAGCUGCAGGCUCAUGUUGUUGCUGUGAAAGAACACCUGGGGGCCCAGGCGGCCGAAGAUCUGCGAGCGCAGCUCCUGGACGUGAAGGCCAAAUACGAAGGCGCUUCAGCCGAAGUGGGGCGGGUUCGUAACCGCUUGAAGCAGAGCGAGAAAGCCUUAGAGGAAUACAAGAGCAGCGAGAGCCAGCUGGCUGCAGAGAGCGAGCGGCUGAGCCAGGAGCUGGGAGCUCUGAGCGCAGAACGAGACCAACUGGCUGAAGCUCUUUUAAAGAUGGAAACCCGCCUGAAGGAGGCUCAGAACAAGCAGGCAAACACCGUCCCAGCAGAGAAGUUUGACAACAUGAAGAACCUGCUGACCAAUGCGGUGGAUGAGAAGGAGCGGCAGCUGGCUGAGCUGAGGGAAGACUACGACCGCGUGCUGGAGGAGGUGGCAGAGCUCCACCGGAGGCUGGACAGCCCGUCAUCCCAGGGAGUGUCUCCAGAGGAGCAUCAGCGGGUAGUUUCUGGUCUGGAAGAACAGAACGUCGCUCUGAAAAGGAAGCUGAUGGACGUGACUGCAAAAAGUCAAACUCUUAUCGAAGAGGUGGAGGAGAGCGAAGAGGAGAGAGAUGUGCUACGAGAGCAGCUGGACGAGCUCAACAGCAGGAUCGAGAAUGAGUUUAUACCCCUGAAGGAGCAUGAGGAGGUUCAGAACAACAUGGUGGUGGCUCUGGAAGAGCUGAAGGACAGACUUGUGGAAGCCAGCGAACGUUACGGGAAAGCUGAGGCUCAGCUGCAGCAGCUUCAAGCCGAAAAAGCCUCGUUACAGGAGACGAUGAGCGACAGGAACCAGAGGGAGCUGGACGCUCUGAUGGAGCAGAAUACCCAGCUGAAAAAGGACAUUGAACUACUGCAGAAGAGAUGCAAGAAUGGAGAAAAGGAACGAGAGGAGUUGACUCUAGAGAAGCAGGCUCUGCAACGCAGCGUGGAGGAGCAGUUUGUUCCCAGGCAGCAGCAUGAGAAGGUGAAGAUGGAGUUAGGUUCAACCUUAGAAAGUGUUAAAGCUGAGAAAUUGAAGUUGGAGGCAAAGGAGAAAGAAAGUGUCGAAGAGCUAAAGAAUGUGAAAGAUGGAAACGAGAAUCUGAAAAAGCAGCUGGAAAGAGUUUUGUUGGAGAUGAAGAAAGAGUGUAUUAGUCUGAAGGAGCACAGAGCUGUCACAGACGAGCUGAAGGCCGCCACCGACGCGGCAGAAGAGCGAGCAAACCAGGCAUCGAUCCUGCAUGCUGCGGCUCAGGAGGAAGUACUGAAGCUCACUCAAGAGCUGGAAGCCCAGAAGAAAGAACUAGAUACCAUACAGGAAGUUAUUCAGUCCAAGUUUAUCCCACUGACUGCAGCCACGGAAAAGGAAACCACAUACAGCUCUCAGGUGAAGGAGCUGGAGCAGAAACUGAUGGAAAUGGAGGAGAAGUAUCACAAAGAGAGGUCGGCCUGGGAAAGCAUGCAGCAGGAGAAAGAAAAACUUCAAGUAGAAACUGAAUCUGUUCAGCAGAGACUGAACUCUGCUUUGGUUAGCACUGAAAAGCAUAAACAAGUGGAGGAAGAGUUCAAGUCUAAAUAUGAGGCCGUUACCCAGAAGCUGGCCAGCUUAGAGCAACAGCUUCAGGAGGUGACGCUUCAGAAAGCCGAGCUGCAGGACCAGAACGCUUCCUGCAACACACAGAUCCAGAGUCUGCAGGAGCGUCUGAAAUCUGAGCUGACCCGAAUAGCCACCUACGACACAGAGCUGACGACCCUCAACGAUCUCAUGCGGCAAACUCAGGCCGAUUGCAAGAAAGCGAGAGAGGCCCAGCAGGAGGAGGCUAAGAGGGUCGCUGUCCUACAGAAAGAACUUCAAGAAAUCCGCAGGGAACACACGUCACUGCUGCAGCAGCACAGAGAGACCAAAGAAGCCCUGGAGGCCGAGGUCGCUAAGCUUCAGACGUCCCUUCAAGAGGAGGAGGAGAACGGGGCUCAGAGAGCCGAAGACGUGAGCGCCCUGCAGUCCGAGCUUCUGCAAGCCACGCAAGCGCUGGAAGACAUACGCCACAAGGAGGACCAAAUGAACGAGCUGAAGAAGGAGAAGCAGCUGCUGCAGGAGGAGGCCGCCAGCCUGAGCAGCAAGCUGCUGAGUUUAACAAAGGAGUGUCAAGAGGCCCAUCUGGAGGUGAGACAAGCCAGAGAGGGCGAGAGCAAGGCCAGAACCGACAUGGAAGCCGUCCAGGAGAAGGGCCGCGGCAUCGAGAAGGAAAUCAGGGAGCUGAAAGAGCGGUAUGACGAGUCGCUCAGCACAAUCUGUGAUCUUCAGAAAAGGAUCCAGUCAUCAGCUCAGCAAACUGAAACCAAAGACAAGAAGAUCACAGAGUUACUGACGGAUGUGGAGCGACUGAAGCAGGCCCUCAAUGGUCUUUCUCACCUGGCGUACACAAGCAACACCCCAAACAAGAGACAGACACAGCAAGUUGAUGCACUGCAGGCACAGAUCAAGAGCCUUCAACAGCAGCUUGCUGAUGCUGAGAGGCAGCACAGAGAGGUGGUUUCCAUUUAUAGGACUCAUCUUCUAAGUGCAGCACAGGGCCACAUGGAUGAGGACGUCCAGGCUGCUUUACUACAGAUCAUCCGUAUGAGACAGGAGUUCGUCUGUUAAAGCUGCCAAAAAAAAACAACUCUACCUGCUCGCGUUUAUCUUCUCAUAUUUCUCAUCUCAUCUUUCUUUGCAUAUCAUAAUGUAUAGGGAAAAAGAAGGAAUGGUUUCCACUUCUAAAAUCUGUUCAUCUGUAGCGUCUCUGCACCUUCAUUCUUGGAUAUUUUCACGUGGGAGCUGUGGACACAGAUUAGGAACAAAUACUUGACUGCUACAAAUCUUCACUGUUGUUGUCAAACUCAAUGCAUUAAUGUAGAAGACAUUACCAAAACAAAUCAGUUCCAGCUUCAAGAUUCAUUGUUGUAAAACCAUUUCGGACAGAUUGUGCAAAGCAGCAGCUUUGACCCUUUUCGUUCAGUAAUGUGGAAGUUAUUUGAAACGUGGGUUUGUUUGGUUUUUUUUGUUUGUUUUUUUAUUGUUGUACAUGACACACUCCUAAAUGCUCAGCUGAAAUGAAAACUGGACAUGAUCGCAAAGACCACUUUCACAUUCCCACCUGACAGUCAACAUUGCAGAACGUUUUCAACUUUUCAUAGAAAUGUUGCUAGAAUUUUAAAGGACAGCUUCAUAUUUAAAUGAUUUACCAUCAGAUUUUUCCUUCUGAUUCUAUCUUCCACUCAGAAGAUACAAAUGAGAAGAUUAGGUGUAAAAUGUAAAGAGGAUCAAUUAACCUAGAUGCUUUAAUAAACAGUCUAAACUAUGGAUGUAAAAUAGUCAAAUGCAUCAUUAUAGACCUCAGUUUAAAUUUAAAAUUUCAAAAUUAGAUUGACAUGUUUGUUUUUUUAUGC